AUGACAACUGGCGGUGGCUAUACUAAAGUCGCUAGUGUCGCUACUACUACUACUACUACGUGCGCGGCAGGUUUACUACAGCGGUCAGCGUCAGCCUCAUCUACAAAGUCGCAUUUGUUAAUUCAACAGUCUACCCUUCAGGUGCCAUUAUUGUCGUCGUCUGAAGCUCCCAAUCGUUCUAAAUUAUCCAAGAGAUCGUUGUCAUCGUCGUCGUCGUCGUCUGAACAUGCCGCGUUGCAAUCUUCACUUAAAAAACAAAAGUUUUGUACUUCUGCUACUACAACAUCUGCUGCUGCUGCUAUUUUGACUGCUGCUGCCACUGCUACUACUGUUACCACUGCUGCUAAUACUGACGCAGUAAAAGUUACUACUGUUAUCACUACUACUGCAACGGCUAUGGCCACUGUCGGCCCUAGCGUAAAUACUGUUUCUAGAGUGGUGAAUACUUGCAGCGCCGGUAGUAAACUUAUUGGCGUCACUAGACCAUCCGUUAUAAAUACUAAUAAUAGUAAUAAUAAAAAUAAUAAUAUCGAGUGCAUAGAUUUGACAUGCGGGAAUGAUGACGACGACGAUGACUGUUUCAAAAAUGACAAUGUUCUAGAGGAUGAUGACGACGAAGAUGACGUCGACCUGUGCAGUGAUGAUGAUGAUGACGACGAUGAUGAUGAUUAUGAUGAGGAUUUUGACGAAGAAGAGUACGACGAUUAUGAUGACGAUGACGGUAGGGUCUACCAUAAAAGAGGGGGUGGUAGAGCUGGUACCAAUAGGUUGUAUGGUAAAGUAAAGAAGGUGGCCGGCGACGGCCACGAUGACGACGGUGGCUACGAUGGCGGCGACGAGUACGAUAGUUUUGGCGCCAAUAAGAUUGGGAAAAGUAACAACAAUAAAAAUAACAACAACAAUAAUAAUAAUAAUAAUAAUAAUAAUAAUAAAGAUGAUGACUGCCAAACGAGCGUUGGUAAUGUUAAUAAUAAUAAGAAGAAGAAUAAUAAUAAUAACGACAAUAAUAAUAAUAAUAAUAAUAAUAAUAAUAGCGAGAAUUCUCGUAACCAAGAUGAUAAUAAUAUAAAUAGUAAUAAUGUUUCUGAUGAUAAUGAUCACAAUAGAGCCGAUAACAACAAUAAUGAUGAUGAUGGUGUUAAAAAUAUAAAUGAUGAUGAUGGUGAGGGUGGUAAGAUGUCUCAACCGGUAGUAGACGCCACCGGUGGCGAGAACGGCGACGACAUCGACGACAGCAGUGAACGCCGUGACACUAAUAACAAAGGUAACAUUAAUAAUAACAAUACUAACGAUAAUAGUAAUAAUGCUAAUAAUAAUAAUAAAGAUGAUGUCAUCGACAACAACCACAACAACAACAACAGCGAAACUAACAUCCUGAAAGAUGUCGAAUCCACAGACGACAAUCGUCAUCAAAGUAACAUUAAUAAUAAUAAUAACAACAAUAACAACAACGCUCUCAAUCACCAUGGUGAUGGUGACGACGAUGAUGAUAGCGACGCCCAGUUCACCAAAGACCUCAACACGAAAUCUCACAAAAACUUCGAGAGACUUGUCAGGAGAAAACAGCAGAAGAUCAAAAGGAAGCAAAGGUUACAGGUCAAAAAUAGCGCCCCUAACAACCCCAACAACGAUGACGUCAUAGUAAUUGAUAGUUACGAUGAAAGCGAGGACGAUAGCGACGACUGUAGCAGCAGUUCAAGCAGCUACGAGUACGUGAGGAGGCAGCAGAAUCAGAAAAUUAGAAAACGAGACGACGAUGGUGCUCGACUUGGCGGCAUUGCCGUUCAACAACACGCACAACAACAGCAGCAACAACAACAAUACUACCAGCAUCAUACGCAGCUGCAACAACAACACCACGAACAACAACACCAUUAUCAUCAUCAACAACAGCAGCAACAACAUCAGCAGCAGCAGCAACAACUAAAUCAACAACAACAACAGCAAGGUCUGUUUGUUGAACUUCAGAACGGCAUCAUCACGUCCAACUCCAGCAGUGAGACCAGUCUAUCACUGACGAGUAGUAAUGAAGAGUGCGACAACAACACGAUGGAUGUUGACAGCAAUGUUGCAGCAGCAACAGCCGACAACGACUGCAACAUCACCAAAAAAACUGACAACGCUUGCAACAACAGUAGUGCCAGUAGCAAGAAAUCAACUGUCUUUCGUGAGGCUGUCGAUAACUAUUUUGAUAGCUGCAUUAACUCUGCUAUUCAUUACAACCACGUCAACAACAACGACAACAACAACAUCGAUAACAAUGAUCAAGACGAUGUUGUUGUUGUGAAUAACAUUCAACAUCAUCUUGACGCCAGCAAAAGACUCAACGUCAUCAGCAGCGUGAGCAAUGUUAACUCCGAUAGUUUCAUCCUCGCUUCCGGUUGUGACGUUGACGAUGACGUCACUAGCAAUCCUAUAAACAUCUCAUCGAGCAACAACAACAUCAACGAUGACGUAAACAAUGACGAUGAUAACAAUGGGGGUAAUAGCGGGGCGGUUGAUUUAGCGUUAACCACGGACUCUCAGAUAUUUACUUGACAUUAUUUUACAGAUUUUUUAUAAUUUAUUAAUAUUUUUAUUAUUAAUAAAUGAAUUAAUAUUUUAUUUUUUUAAUAAUUUAUUCCUAUAU